AUAUGAUAAAGGUGGGCGGGUCCUAAAGCUGUUUCCGGAAACAUGGAGGCUGUCGUAAGCGAUGUGGUAGCCCCAGAAGACCUUUUAAAAUUUGAGAAGAAAUACAACAGUGAGCUGGCGAAGGGAGCUGUCUCCAAAGAAACAAAGUUUGAGUAUGCCUGGUGUCUGAUCAGGAGCAAAUACACGGACGAUAUCAAGAAGGGAAUUGUACUCCUGGAGGAACUUACUCAGAAAGCUUCAAAAGACGACUCCCGAGACUUCCUGUUCUACCUUGCAGUGGCCAACUACAGACUCAAAGAAUAUGAGAAAGCCCUGAAGUACGUCCGGACUCUUCUCAGGAAUGAGCCAGGGAACAAGCAGGCUCACGAGCUGGAGAAACUCAUUGACAAGGCUUUAAAGAAAGAUGGCUUGGUUGGCAUGGCGAUCGUCGGGGGAAUCGGUCUCGGCGUGGCCGGCUUGGCAGGCCUCAUCGGUUUGGCUGUGUCAAAGGGAGCUGCUAAAUCUUAACCUGGACAUGGGACAACGUGUCUUCAUAAUGCUGGACUGACACACUGACCUUUCACCUGCAUAAAAAAAAUAAAACUUGUCAGCAAGUGCUUGGAGGGUGUAACAGUUUGGUUUGAAGUUGUACUACAACACAUUAAAGGAUUUGAAUAAUGCCAGUGAUUAACCAUAUAGUAACAAGGUUGAGAUUCACCCCUCAUGUGACAUUACUUAGCUGUUGAUUCAUACACAUACAUAGCAUGGCACUUUCUCAUUAUUUGUGUAAAUAAAUAAUUAUACAGUAAAGGUGCAGCUCAAAUUUAUAUUAUUUCGUUUGCACCUCAGCCGAAACCUUUUAAGUUCACAUUCACAUUUUGUAAAAAAAAAAAAAAAAAAAUACCUUCAUGAAAGCGCAGUUGUGUUGCUGUAACUGUCUAAUUGUUUCUGACUUAAAGAAUUGCUAAGGAAAGUGUCGUUGGCACAGUCGGAAGUGUAGCUUGUGAUGCCAAAAGCAACUGAGUGAUAAGUUUGCUGGUGAGGAAGCAGUGACUCUGCCGUAAAGCUGGUAGAAAUCUAUAAGUCCAGCUGCUGCUGUGAAGGCAACGAGGAGCGAUUGUAUUUAUUCUGGACAUAAAGUUUCUUUUAAUUUGUUCUGAAGCCUACUUUAAACUAAGGGAAGCAACACACUUAUUGCAAAUGAAUACCUUUGUCAUUUAAAAUGCAUUUACCUGUGCUACAUGUAAUGGGUUUUCCAUCUUGUUAAAUAAAAUGAUUUUGAACUGA